GGUGGUGGUUGCCAUCCUCUCGCGGUGAAGUGAAACGUGGGGACGAGACGACGAGUCGACGGCGGUGGCGGUGUCUCCCUCCCGCUGCCUUGCACCGCAAGGAGCCCCCCUCGCCGCCCGCCGCCUUUGACCGCCGCGCGCGCGCGCCUACUAUACCACAACCCCCCCUAAUUGGCCCAUCUGUUGCAGAGCUACACUGAGCCACUCACUCCCCAUGCCCUUGGCCGCCGCACCGAUGCCGCUCGCGGCGAUGGCGGCGAGUGGGCGAGACGACGGCGACGACGUGCCCUUGUUCUUCCUCCACGCGGCGGGCGCCGCGGCGCACCUCGCCGUCGCGGUCGCGGUCGCCGCGCGGAUGGUGUUCGGCUGGUGGUGCCGCCGCGGCAAGGAUGGGGAGGUGCGGGGAGGAGGAGGAGGAGGAGGCGGGUUUCGGUGGCGUUGGGUCGCGGCCUCCGCGACGUGGGUUCUCGGCGGGUUUGGGGUCAUCCUCGCGGCGUACGAGGGGUACCUGGGCGGUGGCGGUGGCGGUGGUGGGUGGUCGCGUGGCGCGGUGGUGGAGGAGGCGGACGCCGCGGCGCGCGCGGUGGCGUGGCUGCUGCUCGCGGCGUACCUGCAGUACCGGUUCGGGUGGCGACGCGAGGAGCGGUUCCCCGCGCCGCUGCGGCUCUGGUGGGCGCUCUUCCUGCUCCUCUCCGUCCUCGCCGUCGCCGUCCACGCCGUGACGGGACUCGACGGGCGCCCCGUGCCCGCGCAUUCGUGGGCGCUCGACGCCGUGUCGGUCCUCGCUGGCGUGGUGCUGCUCUUCGCCGGGUUCCUGGGCAGGAGGGAACCGGGCGACUCUGCUAUCGAGGAGCCUCUCCUGAAUGGUAGCGGUGCAAGCGCGACGGCCGCCGGUGAGAACAACAGUAACAAUUGCGCCGCCGAUGCGUCGAUGUUCACCGGCGCCGGCUUCCUCAGCGUCCUCACCUUCUCGUGGAUGGGUCCCCUCCUCGCCGUCGGACACAGGAAGACCCUCGACCUCGACGACGUCCCGGGCCUCGACCCCGGCGACAGAGUCGCCGGUCUGCUCCCGCCGUUCAAGACCAACCUCGAGGCGCUCGCCGGCGACGGCUCUGGGCGGAAGGUCACGGCGUUCACGCUCUCCAAGGCACUGGUGCGCACCGUGUGGUGGCACGUCGCGGUGACCGCGUUCUACGCGCUGGUCUACAACGUCUCCACCUACGUCGGCCCUUACCUCAUCGACUCGCUCGUGCAAUACCUCAACGGCGACGAGAGGUACGCGAGCAAGGGGCAGCUGCUUGUCCUUGCCUUCAUCGUCGCCAAGGUGUUCGAGUGUUUGUCCCAACGGCACUGGUUCUUCCGGCUGCAGCAGGCCGGGAUACGCGCGCGGUCGGCGCUCGUCGCCGUCGUCUACCAGAAGGGGCUCGUGCUGUCUAGCCAAUCCAGGCAGAGCCGCACGAGCGGCGAGAUGAUCAACAUCAUCAGCGUCGACGCCGACCGCGUCGGCCUCUUCUCGUGGUACAUGCACGACCUCUGGUUGGUGCCACUCCAAGUAGGCAUGGCAUUGUUCAUCCUGUACUCCACCCUUGGGCUUGCCUCGCUUGCUGCGCUUGGUGCCACUGUUGUUGUCAUGCUUGCCAAUGUGCCUCCAGGGCAAAUGCAGGAAAAGUUCCAGCAGAAGCUGAUGGACUGCAAGGAUGUCAGGAUGAAAGCAACAUCUGAGAUCCUACGCAACAUGAGGAUUCUUAAAUUGCAGGGGUGGGAGAUGAAGUUCUUGUCCAAGAUCAUCGACCUGAGGAAGACGGAGACAAACUGGCUCAAGAAAUAUCUCUACACAUCGACCAUUGUUACCUUUGUGUUCUGGGGAGCCCCAACAUUUGUGGCAGUGGUGACCUUCAUAGCUUGCAUGCUCAUGGGGAUACCAUUGGAGUCAGGGAAGGUGCUAUCUGCACUGGCCACAUUCCGCGUGCUGCAAGAACCGAUAUACAAUCUUCCCGACACGAUCUCAAUGUUGAUUCAGACCAAGGUGUCUCUUGACAGGAUAGCAUCCUUUUUAUGCCUCGAGGAAUUGCCGACUGAUGCUGUGCUGAAACUUCCAAGUGGUAGCUCAGAUGUUGCAAUUGAGGUCAGAAAUGGGUGCUUUUCUUGGGAUGCCUCACCUGAAGUGCCAACGUUGAAGGAUCUGAACUUUCAAGCUCAACAAGGUAUGCGUAUUGCAGUCUGUGGGACUGUCGGCUCUGGAAAAUCAAGCUUGUUGUCUUGCAUUCUUGGUGAGAUUCCAAAGCUAUCAGGAGAGGUCAAGACCUGUGGGACGAUGGCGUAUGUGAGCCAGUCGGCGUGGAUACAGAGUGGUAAGAUUCAGGACAACAUACUGUUUGGCAAGCAGAUGGAUAAUGAGAAGUAUGACAGGGUCCUCGAGUCAUGCUCGCUGAAGAAAGACUUGGAGAUAUUGCCGUUUGGUGACCAGACCGUCAUUGGAGAGAGAGGCAUCAACCUUAGUGGUGGUCAGAAGCAAAGGAUUCAGAUAGCCCGAGCUCUGUAUCAGGAUGCAGACAUCUAUUUGUUUGAUGAUCCUUUCAGUGCAGUCGAUGCUCAUACAGGAUCCCACUUGUUCAAGGAAUGCUUGCUUGGAGAAUUGGCUUCAAAAACAGUUGUUUAUGUCACUCAUCAGAUUGAAUUCCUACCUGCUGCUGAUCUUAUUCUGGUCAUGAAAGGUGGGAGAAUAGCACAGGCAGGCAAAUAUGACGAAAUACUUGGAUCAGGGGAAGAGUUCAUGGAACUGGUUGGUGCUCACAAGGAUGCUCUUACCGCAUUGGAUGCGAUAGAUGUCACAAAUGGAGGCAACGAGGCUUCCUCUUCUAGUAAGACAGCAAGCCUGGCCAGGUCAGUGUCAGUUGAGAAGAAAGAUAAACAGAAUGGAAAAGAAGACGAUGCCAAUGCUCAGAGUGGGCAGCUGGUGCAGGAAGAGGAAAGGGAGAAAGGAAGGGUGGGGUUCUGGGUCUACUGGAAGUACCUCACCUUAGCUUACAGGGGAGCUCUUGUGCCAUUCAUCUUGCUGGCCCAAAUACUUUUCCAAGUACUUCAGAUUGCUAGCAAUUACUGGAUGGCCUGGGCUGCUCCUGUCUCAAAGGACGUUGAGCCUCCAGUAAGCAUGUCAACCCUGAUCUACGUCUAUGUUGCACUGGCUUUUGGAAGCUCGCUGUGCAUCCUCGUAAGAGCACUCAUUCUUGUCACAGCUGCAUACAAGACAGCAACUCUGUUGUUCAACAAGAUGCAUAUGUCCAUAUUCAGAGCUCCAAUGUCAUUCUUUGAUUCCACUCCUAGUGGGCGCAUUUUGAAUAGAGCUUCAACGGAUCAAAGCGAAGUGGACACCAGCAUUGCUUACCAGAUGGGAUCUGUUGCAUUUUCCAUCAUACAACUUGUUGGAAUUAUUGCUGUGAUGUCUCAGGUUGCAUGGCAGGUUUUUGUUGUUUUUAUUCCUGUGCUUGCUGCCUGCUUCUGGUAUCAGCGUUACUACAUCGAUACAGCCAGAGAGUUGCAAAGACUAGUAGGGGUUUGCAAAGCUCCCAUCAUACAGCAUUUUGCAGAAUCAAUAACAGGAUCAACAACCAUCAGAAGUUUUGGCAAAGAAAACCAGUUUGUAUCAACUAAUAGCCAUUUAAUGGAUGCAUUUUCUAGACCAAAAUUUUAUAAUGCUGCAGCAAUGGAAUGGCUUUGCUUCCGCCUGGAUAUGCUGUCAUCCCUUACAUUUGCCUUCUCUUUGAUAUUUUUGGUCAAUCUUCCGACUGGUCUCAUCGAUCCAGGAAUUUCUGGUCUAGCAGUCACAUACGGGCUUAAUCUGAACAUGCUGCAAGCAUGGGUUGUAUGGAGCAUGUGCAAUCUGGAGAACAAGAUCAUAUCAGUAGAGAGAAUUCUGCAAUACAUGAGCAUUCCUGCAGAGCCCCCUCUUUCUGUACAAGAUGAUAAAUUGACGCAGGACUGGCCAUCAGAAGGAGAAAUUAUGCUCAAUAACGUCCAUGUGAGAUAUGCUCCACAUUUGCCAUUUGUUCUUAAGGGCCUUACUGUCACAUUCCCUGGAGGCAUGAAGACCGGUAUCGUUGGAAGAACCGGCAGUGGUAAAUCAACUCUCAUACAGGCCCUUUUCCGUAUCAUAGACCCUACCGUUGGUCAGAUACUCGUAGACAGUAUCGACAUCUGCACCAUCGGACUUCAUGAUCUGAGAUCCAGGCUAAGCAUCAUCCCGCAAGAGCCAACCAUGUUCGAGGGUACCGUGAGAACCAACCUUGAUCCUAUUGGAGAGUACACUGAUAGCCAAAUCUGGGAGGCCUUGGAUCGCUGUCAGCUAGGAGAUGAAGUUAGGAGGAAGGAGCUGCGACUUGAUUCACCAGUGAUAGAGAACGGCGAGAACUGGAGCGUGGGUCAGCGUCAGCUGGUGUGCCUUGGGAGGGUGAUCCUGAAACGGAGCAAGAUCCUGGUGCUCGACGAGGCCACGGCCUCCGUCGACACCGCCACGGACAACCUCAUCCAGAAAACUCUCAGGCAGCAGUUUUCCGACGCGACGGUCAUCACAAUCGCGCACCGGAUCACCUCCGUCCUUGACAGCGACAUGGUCUUGCUCCUUGACAACGGUGUGGCCGUGGAGCGCGACACGCCGACCAGGCUACUGGAGGACAAGUCGUCUCUCUUCUCCAAGCUCGUAGCGGAAUACACGAUGAGAUCGACGCACACGUAGCAGAGAAGGUCAGUGCACCUGUUGACGCGAUGGCCGUUUUGAGGCUAGCUGACACGUCGAUAAUGCCGAAAAAUCACACUUACUAGUAGGGGAUGAGAUUUUAAGUAGCGAGCUGGAAAGUACCCAGUGUUGGUGCUCAUAAUACAGUGCGCUAAUUCUUCGCACGAUCUGAAAUGAAGCUCACGUUCAAGAGGGGAAAGAUGCUUUUAGAGGACAACAGAAGUAGUAGUGCUAUUAAACUAGCGUUGAUGUCUGAAUAAAGGGUGUAAGCUGCUGAUCAUUAGGGGAACAACCAAAUCCUGAUCAGUGAUCACUACUAGUACGUCGUAGAAAGGGGACUAUUACACGAAAGGGAAUUAGAAUUUUCGGGAUAAUACCGUGUAACCCGAUUGACGGACAGCAGAGACCGAUGCCUGGUAUAUGAACAUGUUGACAAUAAUCUGAAUAAAAUAGUGGUGAUUGCGUGGAAA